AACCCAUUUAAAGUUGGUGUGACAUAUCAAAUUGCAACACUUUAAAGGAGUGAAGUUACAGGGAGUUAAUAGGUUAGGUUUUUCUCUUUGAGAUUGCUCAGAAAAAAAUUCCUUCAUAUUUCCAAUUCUUUGACUGUAUCAUCGUGUCUACAAGCAGAGAUGAAAAGAUGUCUGUUCAGUACAGUGCCUCUACAGUGACAAACAUGGACAUUGACAACAGUAAAGUUGGCUAUAAGCAACUUUUAGGAGAUGGCAGCAAGCUCCGGUUAUCAGUGUAUGCACUGAGAAACAACCCUUUCAGGGCUGCUACAGUGGGCCUUGGGCUGCUGUGUGUUCUUCUGUUGGCUGGGGUCAUAGGUCAGAGUGUGCACAACCGAAAAGUACAGCAAGACCAUCAGACCAACCUAAAAGCCAUGAAUACUGAGAGAGAGAAACUACAGGAGAACCUGAAGAUGGUGAAAAGUGAUAAAAAGAUUUCUGAGACAGACCGCAACACGUUACAGCAACGUUAUGAUCAAUUAAUUAUAAGCAGAGACCGGAUCCAGUACAAUAACAAUAUACUUACCCAAAAAUUAAGUACACUUACGGUUAGCCAAAGCCAGUUACAGACCAGUAAUGCUGCUGCCACUAAAGAGUUAGAACAGCUAAAAGCCAGUAAUGACCAGUUGCAGACUAAUAACAAUGCCUUGACUGCCGCCAAAGACUUGUUACAAAAGAAUUUCGAUACAGUGCUCAAACGCAAAAAUGAGGCACAGGCCAAUUAUGAGUCAAUGACCAAAGACAGGGACAAUAUACAGAACAAAUUCAAUAAUGUAACCAGAACAAAGGAGCAGCUGCAGAUGAGAUAUAACGACAUGAUUAAGAAGGUAGAGCAUUUGCAAGACAGAUACAACUUCACUACCAAUGAGAAAAACACCAUAGCAAGCAGUCACCAAAACCUGACGAUAUCGAAAGAAACUCUGCAGGCCACGUACAACCUGCUGGUGAAAGAAUGUGAUGAGUUGCGCACUUCUUACACAUCCAAGGUUCAGGAAAAGAACGAGCUUGAAAGCAGUUGCAAGAAUGCAACUGUGGAGAAAGAGCUGUUGCAGAUGAAAAAUGGCAACCUGACUGCUGAGAGAGACGAGCUGAGGGCGGAGCUUGAGAAACUGAAGAAAAUAGCUUCAGUUUCAGGUAGGAAGUGCCCCACUGGCUGGAACAGGUUCGAGUACAGCUGCUACUUCACCUCAAUUGGCAAGAAAAACUGGACUCGGAGCAGAGAAUACUGUCAAAGCAAAGGCGCAGACCUGGCAAUCAUAAAAAGCCAAGAGGAAAGGCGCUUCAUCAAUGGCUUGUAUUCCAGUGAUAAAGAAGUCUGGAUUGGAUUGACUGAUGAAGGAGUAGAAGGGCAUUGGGUAUGGGUAGAUGGGACACCACUGACCACAGCGUACUGGGAUAAAGGCCAGCCCAACAGCUACAGCGGGAGGAACCAGGACUGUGUGGAGUUCUGGCACCGUGCGACAGGGUACGGCGACUGGAAUGACGAGAACUGUAACAUAGAACAAAAUUUUAUCUGUGAGAUGUAAUUUUCCUGUACAUGCUGGCCACUGUCUGGUACUAAUGAUCAUUAUGCCAAUUUUAUAUGACCAAUUUAUAUGACUAAUUUACACAAAAUUACACACAGCAUUGCCAACAGCUAAAGCCUGAAAUGUACUGUUUUGUGAUGAGUAUUGUAUUAUCAAGUUAAAUUUAGCAGAUGGCCUAUCUUGUGCUGGAGCAAACUAUCUUGGUGAUGUGGAACCAGCUGGCUUCAAAGGGGACUAAAAUAUCUGUAAAUACUGUAGAAACAAUUAUUUUAGUGGUAUAACUCAUUUAUGGAGUUUAAUCGAAAAAUUUGUCUUCUGGCUCCAGGCCCUGGUCUGCCAACAGCUAAAAGAUAGGCAUACAUGGUGAAAGUGAAAAAAGGCUGCUUAAUUUUUAACGGAAAUGUUUUGUUGUUGCUUAUUUUCUAUUCUUAUAAACACCUUUCAUAUAUUGAUUCAUGUAAACGCAUAAUGAAGUGCCACUAGUGUAAUGGAUCACACUCGUGUAGUUUGUCAGUAUGCUCCAGUAAUUUGGAUGGUUGCCCCGUUUCUAUAACAUGACUAAGUCAAAACCUAAUAUGUGGCUGGUUAAUGUGCUAAAUUGUGGGCAAAUUGUUACACAAACAGUAGGGGCAUCGAAAUUAAUCAUUGUAUCGAUGUGUGGGAUACGGACGUGGAUGAUUCUGCAUGGAUGCAGUGACAGACCAUAAUCAGUUAUUGCCUACUGAUGUUGCUUGUUGAUUGUCCGCUCGCUGCUUUUUUUGUUUUUGCCUUUUGUCUGUUGACUGUUGUGUUCAGCCUGCGCUACAUUCAGGAAGUGUCUUUUUCAUGAGAAGAUACAAUAAAAAGGGGAUUUCAUAUUGACUGCUUAAA